GCCAAGAUGGUUGUCGGUGCCUUCCCUAUCGCCAAGCUCCUCUACCUCGGAGUGAGGCAGAUGAGCAAGCCCGUAGCGAACCGGAUCAAAGCCGGGGCCCGGAGAAGCGAGUUCUUUAAGACUUACGUCUGUCUGCCGCCGGCUCAGCUGUAUCACUGGAUCGAGAUGAGAACAAAGAUGCGAAUCAUGGGUUUUCGGGGCUCCACCAUUAAGCCACUGAACGAAGAUGCGGCCGCAGAGCUGGGCGCAGAGUUGCUGGGGGAGGCGAUCAUUUUCCUCAUCGGCGGCGGAUGCAUGGUGUUGGAGUACAGCAGGCAGGCUUCUAACUCUCGCCGCAAGGAGGAUGAGCUGAAUGAGACCAUUAAUGGCCUACAGACUGAACUAGCAGAACUAGCACUAACCACAGAGACUCUAGAUGCUCAGCUGAGAGAGAUCAACAGGCAACUGCUGUCUUUUCCUGUUCCCACCCAAUCUGUUUCCAAAUAAUCACAUUUGUUCUUUGCUUUAUCAUGGUACUCUCUGUUGGUCGAUGAGUGUGGGGGACAACAUAGUACCAACAUAGUACUGCCAUAUAAAUACAGCCUGAUAACAGCCCUGCUUUACAUACUGUCCUCUGACCAUAAAGCAGGGUCAGUGGUGGACAUUAACAUAUCAGUGCGCUGUGGAUUUGGGUGUUUAUAAUUAGCUCAUGUUUUGAGCAACAACUGUGUAAAGGGGGAUUGCUAUGAUAUUCAUAGUGUAUUUCUAUGACUGACCUUGCAUGUUCAUUGUGAAGUUGACUGUAUGAAGAUUUACAGUGUAAGGCAGUGGUGAUCUCAAAGUUAAUAUAUUUGAUUGAACAGCUCAAGGAUAUUACUUUCUCUAAUCUAAUUUCAGUGAUCUAAGAAGAAUCAUUGAACAUCAUAAUUUCCAUAAUCCUCUUGAAACUCGUGUUGAGAGGCUUCAGUUAUGAGUGACACUGAAUUAUAAUAUCUCAAACAUUUCAUGCACUCCAUUGAAGGCCAAACACAUGUACAUUGGAUGUGAUGAAAACUGUAAGAGGAUGGUGUAAAAUAAAGAAAAUGGUAUGGUGUCAGUUAA